GGGUUGUCGAAGGAGUACGUAUCUUCGUUGUCAACCCACGCUUGGAUGAGCUUACGACCAAUUGGCUAAAGGAAAAAGGAACGCACGGUCAUCUUUCAAGGAGCGGCCAGAGAUCUGCCGAUGAGGGUCCAAGAAGAUCUGAUCCUCGCAUACGAGAACGGUUGGUACCGUCAACGGACAUUCGAUCGGAACACUGGUCGGGGCAGGGUGCAUGCAGAAGGGCCGAAUGUAGUUUCCUACGUGGCAAAGUCUCCGGAGGUGGCACAAUGGUUGGUUGCUAAGGCGGAGGAUACCAUCGUCAUCCGUGGGGUGGAGUACUCGAUGCAAUUUAAGCCUUGGAUGACCAAGACGGAGCUAGAAGAGAGAAGGCGCCUCGAAGAUGAGUCUAAGUUUUGGGUUAUGGCGAUUCGAGUCCCGCUGCGUGUGAUGUUCCACGUGGAAAAUAUGGUGGAAACAUCUAUGGGACGGGUCAUUAAAAGCCUACAGCCAGAACAGGACCGGACGAGACCGAAGCUUAUGAAUCUUAAAUUCGAGCUCGUUAGGGAGGCAGAAGAGAAAUUCGAGCCGGAACUCUCGAUGCGACUAGGCAGAGAAGUUUUUCGCAUCAAGUUCGUGUGUCGACAUACUCCAUGGUGUGACAAGUGCAAACGGUGGUUCCAUACCUCGACUGAAGGGUGUCCACGAGAAGGUGCUACGCCAGGGUUUCCCCAGCCGCGCUAUGGAGUGCCGAUGACGACACAGGAUAAAUACUUUCGUAACCAGUAUGGGACAGGUGAAGGCCUCGACUACAGGAUUCUGAGACAGGAGGGUACUCCUGGUGGUGGAGAAAGAGCGGCGUCGAGCAGGGGAGGAUCAGGUGGAUCGAGGCAGUUGAGGCGAGACUCACAACAAGAUGUCAGGAGAGGCCCAGUGGGGGCAGAUCGGCACAGUCAGAGGUUGUCGAAUGGUGAAGAGGAAUCGGAGGGCUCCGGCGGAGAAGAGGGUUCCAUCCCGAUCUCCCCCCCUCCCAGGGGCGAUGGCAUGGAGGAAUCGCCAGGGAGAAUUCCAGAAGGAGUCAGGGCAUCUAGCAGAGAAGAUGGGAUAUUCGAGGAAGCAUUUUUCCCUCCCCUCGUAUGCACGAUGCAAGGGUCGGAAGUUUUCGUCAUCGGUCUCAGGGAUCGUAAUGAUCAAUUAGUCCUGCCAGCUGUUGGCACUAACGAGCUUCCGAUGCCAGAUAUGAUUCAGGAAAGAGUUCGCUAUUUGUUUAAGGAUAGGUUUGAUUUUCGCAUUUUCCCAGAAUUUUUUAUGCCCAGGUUACGUACGGAAGUAGAUGUUGGCAAAGCGGUUCGGUUUUCAAUAACGUUUAUUUAUGCUAGAAUGUCAGUUGAGCAUGGGCGAGCAUUGACCAGGCUGGACUGGGUUCGUUUCCACUGAAAGCUCUGACCCUACCUUUGAUAGAUUUAUUGUCAGAAAUUAUUAUUGAGCAAGGUGUCUCAGCAUCUUGCCUGGCUAAUUUGAACCCGAACAUGCCACGGGCAUUCAAUCUGAUUUCAAGUGCCUUUACGCGCUGUCUCACGGAGGGAUGGCCAAGCCAGGAAGCAGAGCACAUCGAGGAUGGAACCCGGGGAAGGAAUCCACCACCAGCAAGUAUCCAAUCGGCAGACUUGAACGAAAGUCUGAAUGGGUAGAUUGAGAGUAGCAACGUGGAAUGUCCGGGGAAUGGGAGAUCUGUCGGGGAGGGAGAAGGAUAAAAGAGUUAAAUCGUG